UCAGCGCGGACAUGGCUGAGAGCGCCUCGCCACCCUCCUCACCUGCAGCAGCCCUGGCCACUGAGCAGGGAGUCACGGAGCAGCCGGGGCCCCAGAGCCCGCCUCCCUCCCCGCCCGGCCUGGAGGAGCCCCUAGAUGGGGCUGAUCCCGACGUCCCGCACCCGGACCUGGCUCCUGUUGCCUUCUUCUGCCUGCGACAGACCACCAGCCCCCGGAACUGGUGCAUCAAGAUGGUGUGUAAUCCGUGGUUCGAAUGCGUCAGCAUGUUGGUGAUCCUGCUGACCUGCGUGACGCUGGGCAUGUACCAGCCGUGCGAUGACAUGGACUGCCUGUCCGACCGCUGCAAGAUCCUGCAGGUCUUCGAUGACUUCAUCUUCAUCUUUUUUGCCAUGGAGAUGGUGCUGAAGAUGGUGGCCCUGGGCAUUUUUGGCAAGAAGUGUUACCUCGGGGACACGUGGAACCGCCUGGACUUCUUCAUCGUCAUGGCCGGGAUGGUCGAGUACUCCCUGGACCUUCAGAACAUCAACCUGUCAGCCAUCCGCACCGUGCGUGUCCUGAGGCCCCUCAAGGCCAUCAACCGCGUGCCCAGUAUGCGGAUCCUGGUGAACCUGCUCCUGGACACACUGCCCAUGCUGGGCAAUGUCCUCCUGCUCUGCUUCUUUGUCUUCUUUAUCUUCGGCAUCAUAGGUGUGCAGCUCUGGGCUGGCCUGCUGCGCAACCGCUGCUUCCUGGAGGAGAACUUCACCAUACAAGGGGAUGUGGCGCUGCCCCCCUACUACCAGCCGGAGGAGGACGACGAGAUGCCCUUCAUCUGCUCGCUGUCGGGGGACAACGGCAUCAUGGGCUGCCACGAGAUCCCCCCGCUCAAGGAGCAGGGCCGCGAGUGCUGCCUGUCCAAGGACGACGUCUACGACUUCGGGGCGGCGCGCCAGGACCUCAACGCCAGCGGCCUCUGCGUCAACUGGAACCGCUAUUACAACGUGUGCCGCACCGGCAGUGCCAACCCCCACAAGGGCGCCAUCAACUUUGACAACAUCGGCUACGCCUGGAUCGUCAUCUUCCAGGUGAUCACGCUGGAGGGCUGGGUGGAGAUCAUGUACUACGUGAUGGACGCGCACUCCUUCUACAACUUCAUCUACUUCAUCCUGCUCAUCAUAGUGGGCUCCUUCUUCAUGAUCAACCUGUGCCUCGUUGUCAUAGCGACCCAGUUCUCGGAGACCAAGCAGCGGGAGCACCGGCUGAUGCUGGAGCAGCGGCAGCGCUACCUGUCGUCCAGCACGGUGGCCAGCUACGCCGAGCCCGGCGACUGCUACGAGGAGCUCUUACAGUACCCGUCCAAGCACCGGCUCCGCCCCCUGGGCCUCCACCGGGCCCUGCAGAGCCGGCGCCGGGCUGCGCACCCGGGGGCCACUGCUCCCGCCAAGCCCGGGGUGCACACCGAGGAGCCCAGGCGCUACCAGCUGUGCCCGCGACACAGUCCCCUGGACCCCACACCCCACACGCUGGUGCAGCCCAUCUCCGCCAUGCUGGCCUCCGAUCCCGCCAGCUGCCCGCGCUGCCAGCACGAGGCGGACCGGCGGCCCUCGGGCCUGGGCAGCACCGACUCCGGCCAGGAGGGCUCGGGUUCCGGCGGCUUGGGUGCCUGUGAGGACGAGGCCGAUGGGGACCGGGCCCAGAGCAGUGAGGACGGGGCCUCCUCAGGCCUGGGGAAGGAGGACGCGGAGGAGCGGGCUGAUGGAGCAUCCUGGCUGUGCGGGGACCUGUGGCGAGAGGCCCGAGCCAAGCUGCGGGGCAUCGUGGACAGCAAGUACUUCAACCGCGGCAUCAUGAUGGCCAUCCUGGUCAACACCGUCAGCAUGGGCAUCGAGCACCACGAGCAGCCCGAGGAGCUGACAAACAUCCUGGAGAUCUGCAACGUGGUCUUCACCAGCAUGUUCGCCCUGGAGAUGAUCCUGAAGCUGGCCGCCUUCGGGCUCUUCGACUACCUGCGCAACCCCUACAACAUCUUCGACAGCAUCAUCGUCAUCAUCAGCAUCUGGGAGAUCGUGGGGCAGGCGGACGGCGGCCUGUCGGUGCUGCGCACCUUCCGGCUGCUGCGGGUGCUGAAGCUGGUGCGCUUCCUGCCCGGGCUGCGCCGCCAGCUCGUGGUGCUCAUGAAGACCAUGGACAACGUGGCCACCUUCUGCAUGCUGCUCAUGCUCUUCAUCUUCAUCUUCAGCAUCCUCGGGAUGCACAUCUUUGGCUGCAAAUUCAGCCUCCGCACGGACACAGGAGACACGGUCCCCGACAGGAAGAACUUCGACUCCCUGCUGUGGGCCAUCGUCACAGUGUUUCAAAUCCUCACCCAGGAGGAUUGGAACGUCGUCCUCUACAAUGGCAUGGCCUCUACCUCCCCGUGGGCCUCCCUCUACUUUGUUGCUCUCAUGACCUUCGGCAACUAUGUGCUCUUCAACCUGCUGGUGGCCAUUCUGGUGGAGGGCUUCCAGGCGGAGGGUGACGCCAACCGCUCCUACUCGGAUGAGGACCAGAGUUCAUCCAACAUGGAGGAGUUCGACAAGCUCCCCGAGGGCCUGGACAGUGGCGCAGAUCCCAAGCUCUGCCCCAUCCCGCUGACCCCCAAUGGGCACCUGGACCCCAGCUUCCCGCUGGGUGGGCAUCUGGGUCCCACGGGGCCUGCGGCCCCCACACCCCGCCUCUCGCUGCAGCCGGACCCCUUGCUGAUGGCCCUGAGCUCUCGGAAAAGCAGUGUCAUGUCACUGGGGAGGCUGAGCUACGACCAACGCUCCCUGUCCAGCUCCCGGAGCUCCUACUACGGGCCGUGGGGCCGCAGCGGGGCCUGGGCCAGCCGCCGCUCCAGCUGCUACAGCCUCAAGCACAAGCUGAUGACCAGCCUCAAGCACAAGCUGCCAUCGGCUGAGCAUGAGUCCCUGCUCUCGGCGGAGCGAGGCGGUGGCUGUGGCGCCCGGGCCGGCGAAGGCGUCCGGGACGAAGGGCCGCUGCGCACUGCGCCCCUGCACGCGUCCCACGCCCACCACUCGCAUCAUGGUUCCCACCUGUCACACCGUCACCGCCACCACCGCCGGACACUGUCCCUCGAUACCAGGGACUCGGUGGACCUGGUGGAGCUGGUGCCCACCGUGGGCCCCCACCCCCGGGCGGCCUGGAGGGCUGCGGGCCUGGUCCCCGGGCAUGAAGACUGCAAUGGCAGGAUGCCCAGCAUCGCCAAGGAUGUCUUCACCAAGAUGGACGACCGCCGGGAUCGCGGGGAGGACGACGAGGAGAUCGACUAUACUUUGUGCUUCCGAGUCCGCAAGAUGAUCGAUGUCUACAAGCCGGACUGGUGCGAGAUCCGUGAGGACUGGUCUGUCUACCUCUUCUCUCCGGAGAACAGGUUCCGCGUCCUGUGUCAGACUGUCAUCGCCCACAAGCUCUUUGACUACGUCGUCCUGGCCUUCAUCUUCCUCAACUGCAUCACCAUCGCCCUGGAACGGCCCCAGAUCGAGGCGGGCAGCACUGAACGCAUCUUCCUCACCGUGUCCAAUUACAUCUCCUGGCCCCCGCCCAGCCCCUCGCCCCACUUGUCACUAGCCUGCCCUCAGCAGCCUGCCAGCCACAGGGUGGUCUCGCUGGGCCUAUACUUCGGUGAGCAGGCGUAUUUGCGCAGCAGCUGGAACGUGCUGGACGGCUUCCUCGUUUUCGUGUCCAUCAUCGACAUCGUGGUGUCGGUGGCCUCUGCUGGGGGAGCCAAGAUCCUGGGGGUCCUCCGGGUCCUACGGCUCCUGCGCACCCUCCGCCCCCUGCGCGUCAUCAGCCGGGCGCCUGGCCUGAAGCUGGUGGUGGAGACCCUCAUCUCCUCUCUCAAGCCCAUUGGCAACAUUGUCCUCAUCUGCUGUGCCUUCUUCAUCAUCUUUGGCAUCCUGGGGGUGCAGCUCUUCAAGGGCAAGUUCUACCACUGCCUGGGCGUGGACACCCGCAACAUCACCAACCGCUCCGACUGCGUGGCUGCCAACUAUCGCUGGGUCCACCACAAGUACAACUUCGACAACCUGGGCCAGGCCCUGAUGUCCCUCUUUGUCCUGGCCUCCAAGGACGGCUGGGUGAACAUCAUGUACAACGGGCUGGAUGCCGUCGCUGUGGACCAGCAGCCCGUGACCAACCACAACCCCUGGAUGCUGCUGUACUUCAUCUCCUUCCUGCUCAUCGUCAGCUUCUUCGUCCUCAACAUGUUUGUGGGCGUCGUGGUGGAGAACUUCCACAAGUGCCGGCAGCACCAGGAGGCCGAGGAGGCGCGGCGGCGUGAGGAGAAGCGUCUGCGGCGCCUGGAGAAGAAGCGCCGGAAGGCCCAGCGGCUGCCCUACUAUGCUACCUACUGUCCCACCCGGCUGCUCAUCCACUCCAUGUGCACCAGCCACUACCUGGACAUCUUCAUCACCUUUAUCAUCUGCCUCAACGUGGUCACCAUGUCCCUGGAGCACUACAAUCAGCCCACGUCCCUAGAGACAGCUCUUAAGUACUGCAACUACUUGUUCACCACUGUCUUUGUGCUGGAGGCUGUGCUGAAACUGGUGGCAUUUGGCCUGAGGCGCUUCUUCAAGGAUCGGUGGAACCAGUUGGACCUGGCCAUUGUGCUGCUGUCAGUCAUGGGCAUCACGUUGGAGGAGAUCGAGAUCAAUGCGGCGCUGCCCAUCAACCCCACCAUCAUCCGCAUCAUGCGGGUCCUGCGCAUCGCCCGGGUGCUGAAGCUGUUGAAGAUGGCCACGGGGAUGCGGGCCCUGCUGGACACGGUGGUGCAGGCUUUGCCCCAGGUGGGCAACCUGGGCUUGCUCUUCAUGCUGCUCUUCUUCAUCUACGCCGCGCUGGGAGUAGAGCUCUUCGGGAAGCUGGUCUGCGAUGAUGAGAACCCGUGCGAGGGCAUGAGCCGGCACGCCACCUUCGAGAACUUCGGCAUGGCCUUCCUCACGCUCUUCUUUUUUUACUGGAAUGGGAUCAGAAAGGACACGCUGCGGGACUGCACCCACGACGAGCGCAGCUGUCUGAGCAGCCUGCAGUUCGUGUCGCCGCUGUACUUCGUCAGCUUCGUGCUCACGGCGCAGUUCGUGCUCAUCAACGUGGUGGUGGCCGUGCUCAUGAAGCACCUGGACGACAGCAACAAGGAGGCGCAGGAGGACGCCGAGAUGGACGCCGAGCUGGAGCUGGAGAUGGCGCACACGCUGGGCCCCAGCCCUGGCCCGCGCCCGCCCGCCAGCUCUCCCGGGGCCCGCCGGCGCUGCUACUCUCCAGCCCAGGAGAACCUGUGGCUGGACAGCGUCUCUUUAAUCAUCAAGGACUCCUUGGACGGGGAGCUGACCAUCAUCGACAACCUGUCCGGCUCCAUCUUCCACCACUACUCCUCCCCUGCCGGCUGCGACAAGUGUCACCAUGACGACAAGCAGGAGGUGCAGCUGGCUGAGACCGAGGCCUUCUCCCUGAACUCAGACAGGUCCUCGUCCAUCUUGCUCGGAGACGACCUGAGCCUCGAGGACCCCACGGCCUGCCCACCUGGCCCCAAAGACAGCAAGGGUGAGCCAGACCCGCCUGAACCCGUGCGAGUCGGGGACCUGGGUGAAUGCUUCUUUCCCUUGCCCAACACGGCUGUCCCGUCGGGCCCAGAGAACUUUCUACAUGAGAUGGAGACGAUCCCAUUCCACCCCGUCCGGUCCUGGCUGAAGAGUGAGAGCGGCCAAGUGCCCCCGCGCCCCUUCUCCCCGGAAGACUCCAGUCCGCUCCUGCCCAUGCCAGCUGAGUUCUUCCACCCUGCGGUGUCUGCCAGCCAGAAAGGGCAGGAGAAGGGCACCAUCGCUGGGGCCCUCCCCAAGAUUGCCCUGCAGGGCUCCUGGGCGUCCCUGCGGUCGCCAAGUGUCAACUGUACCCUCCUUCGGCAGGCCACAGGGAGCGACACGUCGCUGGAGGCCAAUGAGGAGACUGAGCCCCACGGAGACUGGCUGAUCCAGGUCACACAGCAGGGGAAAGUUUCUCAACCCGAAAUGGAGACACAAACCACCAAGGAGGUGGAAUUAGGCUCUGGCAGCUACGAUAUUCCUCGAGGGCUCGCUCUGUGCAGGCCCCAAGUCCCUGUGCCAGUCAUAGGAGGAGUCCCUUUCUCUGACUCCACCGCCACCCAAAUAGUGUUAGGUGCUACAUGUCCCACGAGCUUCUUCAGGUGCGGACAAAAUCGGAUUCACCUUGAAUCUCCCUGGCUGGGCCCAGCGCACCGAGGACUGUGGAAGGAAGACACCGAUGCAGGGCAGCCUGGCAACGUGGAUGACAUCAUUGUCCCUUCUGUGGACGAGGCUCAGGGAGGUGAGGGGUCCUGUCCAGAGCUCUCCACUGGAUCCAGCCCUGCUCAGCCUGAAGAAAUGACCCUGUUCUUUCCAGCUGGUUCCACGGGUAUUAAGAGAACAUGA